AUGGCGCCGCAGCCUACCGCCGCAGCCACCACGGCUUCGGAUGACGUGACGCAAGAACCGACGCCGCCGGACGGAUCCCAGGACAGACAACUUGUCAAUGACAGCGAGGGGCUUCCCUCGCGGCCGCCGCCCAAGAAGCGCAGGCGCAUUGUAAUUUCGUGCACCGAAUGCCAUCGCAGAAAGCAAAAGUGCGAUCGCGAAUUACCUUGCGCCAACUGCGUUUCCCGCAAUAAGCAAGAUGCUUGCCGCUACGAGACCGGCGCGCCGACCGCGAAAAAGCAAGAUCGCAAGGACUCGAUCGAGGGGGGACCCGCCGUGCCGACCGGCGCGUCUGCCACGACCAGCCCGGAGGAGGCCAAGCAGAUCCUGAGGGGCGGGCCCGUCCCGUCCAACGUCGUCGACUUUGGCUACUCGUACGCGGGCGCCUCGACGCUGGGCUUCCUGAAGCAGAUCGACAAGGCAAACCCGGGCGAGUCGCUGGCGCAGCUCGCCGGCCCCGGCCCCGGCGGCGACUCGGCCCAGCCGAACGGCGGCUUCGGCACCAAAGCGCGGUACAAGAACCUGAUACGCCAGCUGCCGGCGCGCGAGUACCUCGACAAGCUGGUCGACAUGUACUUUCGCGAGUUCAACUGGCAGUACUACGCGCUGGACCGGGACGUCUUCAUGGCGCAGAUGGACGAGUGGAACACCCUGCCGUUCAACCUCCUGACCACGGCCGGCCCGCACGGCCUGUCGCCCGACCUCAGGGCGUUCCCCGCUCUGCUUUUCCAGGUCCUGGCCGUGUCGCUGCUUGCCCUCCCCCGCGACCCGGACCCGGAGUACAACUCGAUAAAGUACAAUGCGAACAUGACCUUUGAGGAUCUCGCCAUGGACUACAGCGAGUCCGGGGUGGGCAUACUGUCGCUUCUGGGUAAAAGGCAGAUGUCGUUGACCACCGUGCUGGCCGGGUUUGUUCGGGUGCAGUUCUUGAAGUAUUCUGCCAACGUCACCGAGGCCUGGCAUGCUAUUUCGAGCGCGAUCAGGGAUGCCCAAGAAAUCGGCAUUCACCGAGAUAGCCUCGACCCAAAGCCAAAGAGUGACGAAGCAGAAGCGGUGCUGGAAAAUCAAUGGGAGAUUCAACGGCGCCGCAGGAUGUGGAUGACUCUGGUCAGCUGGGAUCUACACACCGGCAUCGUAUUGGGUCGACCACUGACAGUCGACAAUCCGAACCAUGCCACGAUGCCGGUCGACGCGCCGAUACCUACGAAUAGAUCCAAGACACCGGUGCGACCGCGUGGCGAGGAUGACCCGCCUACUCCCCUAACCCGGGCGAUCUGGUCCUGCAGAGUGAUGGGCUAUCUUCGCGACAUACUCGAUCUGGAAAGAGAAGGGCCAUGCCCAAAGAGCUUUGCCAAGGUUGAAAAGUUACACGCUAUACUGGUUGAACUGGAGGAGCAGACCCCGCCGUUUCUCCGGAUGGAGCACCCUGAUACGAGAUGGGACUCGUCACCAGAAUGCUACUGGCUCCCUUGGUGUAGGUCGAUCCUGCUGCAGGUGAUUGCUUUUGACUUUAUGGCACUCCAUCGGCCGUAUAUCUUCACGCGGCAAGCAAGCAGAAGGGAGGCUCUCAAGGCUUGUCUGUCAAUGCUGCAAUCGCAGAGACUCCAGUUCCAGUCUCUGAAGCCGGAGCAGUAUAGGACAUUCUCGCUCUUCUUUGGAACAUUUGACGCCAUUGUGCUCAUGGCGUCAAUUUACAUCCUUUUCCCUAACGAGAAUGGAGACCUUCUUGAUGAUGCGAGACAGCAUUUUGGCUGGGGAGUGGAAAGAUUUGAGGCGAUGUCAGUGCGGAACUCGCUUGCCAGAGCGGCGCGUAGCGUUUUGCAUGCUAUCUACCUCCGCCUCAAAAAGGCGUUGGGCAACAAGGGCCAUUGGCCUUGCCAUUCGGCGCCGGUGCCCAUGGAUCCCGCGCUGGUCUCGCCACCCACCAUCGACACCAGUCUCUCUAACGGUCGAAGCAGUCUCAGUAGCGGUGGUCUCGUAUCCGACGUCACGGCGUCAACGACGCCUGCGGGAUCCAAUUGCGCCACCGGAGACAGCAUGUACGCACCAGGACAGCCGCAACAGCAGCAGCAGGAGCUAGGAGGCGACGGGAGCGGGCUCGACUUCAACCUGCCUCCGGACUUUGACUGGUCGUCAAUUCAGCCCCUCUAUGCCAUGGGAGAUCUCGUGUACAACGAUCUAAUGGGCAUCAGCGAGGACGGAUCGCAGCAGCCGUUGCCUGUGUGGAACACGACGGGCCUGGGGACGGAUGCGGCAGCUGCACAAGUGCCGUGGCAGUUUGACGGCAACUUCAACGACAACAGUCUUUGGAAUCUGUUCAACGAGUUCACGCCGCCUUGA